GGCGGAGGCGGGGCAAGGGGCGGACUCCUCGUCCUCGCUCGCGUCAGUCAUGAGCACGGGGCGGGGCUGGAGGACUGGGAGCCCCAGCACGUCCUGCCCCACCGGAAGUGAAGCCCCUGCCCGGAUGGCCGCAGUAGUUCUAGGGGGAGACACCAUGGGCCCUGAGCGUAUCUUCCCCAAUCAGACUGAAGAACUGGGACCACAUCAGUGCCCUACAGAAGGCACGGGGGACUGGAGCAGUGAAGAACCUGAAGAAGAGCAGGAAGAAACAGGGGCAGGCCCGGCUGGCUACUCCUACCAGCCCCUAAAUCAAGAUCCUGAACAAGAGGAGGUGGAGCUUGCACCAGUGGGGGAUGGAGAAGAUGUAGUUGCUGACAUCCAGGAUCGGAUCCAGGCCCUGGGGCUUCAUUUGCCAGACCCACCAUUAGAGAGUGAGGAUGAAGAUGAGGAGGGAGCUACUGCAUUGAGCAGCCACAGCUCUAUUCCCAUGGACCCAGAACAUGUAGAGCUGGUGAAAAGAACAAUGGCUGGAGUAAGCCUGCCUGCACCAGGAGUUCCUGCCUGGGCUCGGGAGAUAUCAGAUGCCCAGUGGGAAGAUGUGGUACAGAAAGCCCUACAAGCCCGGCAGGCGUCUCCUGCUUGGAAGUGACCACACCGAGAGCUGCCUCAUCUCUCUACAUUCCAGGCCAGAACCAGCACAGGACUGAACACAUCUCUGGUUGUAACAUCUUACCCAUCACCCUUUCACAUCAAGGCAAAUCAGACUUCUGCUCAGAGACCCACUUUAUUCAGUUCUGUACAUAUGGGGACAUUGGCCCAAGCCCAACCCACCUUAACAUGUAUCAUUCUGUGGAGAAUAAAGCACCCUAUGUACACAGCCAAAAGCCACGCUGCCUGUACCCCUGGAACCUGGGUCCAGCCCUCCCUAGCCCCUUGCCUCUCCAAGGUGCCCAAGAGGGACAGGUGAGGGCUGGCCCAGCAUCAGCACAAACAAGGAAAUAAAUAUGUAUUGGGGGGAGCUAUGCUUGGGGCACUGCUCCCUGCCUUCUUUCUUCUAGUUUUGGGAACCAACAGCACAGGAAAGCAGUCAGCCACAGGGUGGUCCCUUCCAUGUUAGUGAUCCCAGGGCUGCUGCUCACCAGAGAAGGGGUAUAGGGUAGGGUGAUUGUUUAUACCCUCCCCCGCUUGGUCCAUCUGGGCCCUAUAUUCAUCCUUUGUUGUCCACAGUCAGUGCUUUUCUCCUUUAGGACCUCCAUGUUAUCUUAGGCAGGGGAUAAAAGGAAAUAAUAAAACUCUGUCAGCCUGCAUACUGCUGGGGCUCAGGGCUUAUUUGUGCUGCUGGAGGUUGGCUCCCCUCCAGCUACUCACUCCAGGGGCAAGUGGGGCUUGACAUAACUUUGGUGAGAAUAAUUUGCUGCUCCCUAUAUGCCUCUGCAGGGGAGAGAGGAAGAGAGACACCUAGAGUUCAGGUGAGGAUGAAGGGGAGAGGAGAGGAGCAUAUGUAUUCCUGUGUGUGUAUUUCUCAGCAACCUCAGAUAGCUGUGGGGUUAGGAGCAGAAGGGGGACAGGCAUCCCCAGGUUGUCUGUGCACUCAGCAUCUUAAUGCUCAGCCUGUCUGUACUAGCCACAGGGAGGCAUGAACACGCUUUGGGGAGAAGAGGGACCACUUGGUGUUCCCUACUUCAAGCGCCUCCAUCCUCUAGAGUAGCUAGAGAGGUGCUGCCUUGCCCCAAGUCAGCCAGUAGGGAGCAGAGGGUGGAGGGCUGGGGCAGCGUCCCAGGGCUGAGUGGGCUGUGACCCUGUGGGAAGAUGAGGGGGUCAGAGAGCCUCCUGGCUGGCAGUUAAGAACUCUUCUGCCCGCUUAUGAGCCUCCAGUGCCUUGAUGGUGUAGACGUCCUGGGGCAACUCUGACUUCCUCCGGAGCAGCACUUUUUCCUUUUUGAUGUCCUUUAGCAUCUGUGUGUGGAUAGGGAGAAGAUAAGGAAUGGUGAUCAAUUCCCAAGGAAUUCUGUUAUUUCAUUCUCUUAUUCUUUGGUUCUACUGCUUUCCCUUCCAGAUCUGUUAUUUCUGCACCACCCCCGCAAUCCUUACCCCUGGUGCCCUCCCACCUGCACAGCCUCUGUCUCCACUGUCCUCUUCAGAAGCUGGAUGUCCUCUGCUGUAGGUGUUUCAGUCUCCAUGGAGUACACAGGGGGCAGAGGUGGAGGAGCACGGAACAUGGGAUACUGAAGGAGGAGAUGUGGACAAGAGAUGAGAGCCACUUGAGAGGUCUGUGGGCCUGUAUGUCUCAUAUUCUUCCACCAAAAAUCCCUAAACCCUAGUUCCAGAUGGGUGCCUGAGUUCAGGGCAGUGGCAGAAAAAUCUCACCUGGGGAUUAAGUCGGGCCAGCUCCUCAAUCUUUUGCCACAUCUCUUCUCUUUCCUUCAUUCGGAACCGGCCCCUGAGGGAGCAAAAGUAAGAUUGGAACCAGGAGUGAUAGAAGAAGAGUGAACUGGAGAUAGAAGAUUAAAGUCUCCCAGGGAGAGAAAUACUCACUUCUGUUUCUCUGCCUUGUACUGUUGUGUGCAGUCAUCAAAGAGCUUCUGAUUCAUUUCCAUAAACAGCUUCAGGGCAUUAUAGAUCAGUCCAUGAAUUGUCCUGCCACUCAGAAGAAAGAUCACAUACAGGCCAGAGCCUACCCUUAAUGUCGGGGCCCCAUGUUUGCUUGUUUAUAGGAGGUAUCUCUGCCAACAGCUUUCUUGUUUAUACCCCAAUUUCACAAACCUUCACAGAAGCAGAUAGUUCUAGCCAAAUCACGUGACUUAAGACUAGCAUCUGGGUUGGGGUUGUGGCUCAGUGGUAGAGCACUUGCCUAGCAUGUAAGGUACUGGGUUUGAUCCUCAGCAACACAUAUAAAUAAACAAAAAAUAAAGGUCC